AUUAUAGUUGAAGAGAUCAAUCGAAUAAAUGAACACCUUAAAAAUCAGUCUCCUGGGACUGAUGGUAUGUCUGCUGAGUUUUACAAACGUUUUAUCAACAGUUAGCCCCAUUUCUGUUGGAGGUCUUUUCUAAAAGCAUUGCAAAUAAUGCUCUCCCAGUUUGACUCAAGGUCUGAUUACAUUAAUACCUAAGCCCAAGAAAUAUUUGCUUCUCGAUCAUUGGCGUCCAAUCUGUCUGCUCAAUAACGACUACAAAAUGUUAGCCUCUAUAUUUGCAAAAAGAAUGAAGGCAGUGUUGGGCUCAAUUAUAGAAGAUACCCAAUCUGGCUUCAUGAGGAAUAGACAUAUAUCUAAUAAUAUCCGACUGGUGUUAGACCUUAUUAACUAUUCUGAUCUAAACUUCCAUGAUACCUUCAUUGUAUUCUUACACUUUUAUAAAGCCUUCAUACGGUGGAACUUGAGUUUCUAUUUCUCUCCCUUGAGAAAUUUCGUUUUGGGGAAUUAUUUUGUAGCACUAUUAAAAUUAUUUAUAUGAAUGGGACCAGUUAUAUUGAAUUAAAGCAUGGCACUUCUCCUAGAUUUGAUUUGAAAAGUCAUUGUAAAUACGAAUUUGAUCUUAGAGAUUUUCAAUAUAGCAUCUUUCAUGUCACAGUCCACAAGAUGGCAGACUUGAGCUACUGUACCAUCCGCUCAGCCAUUUCAUCCGAGAGAAGUUUUGUUGGUGAGAUCAAACAGGCUGAGGAAUACAAUUGUAAGAAUUGUGUCCAAUUUAUGUAACAAUUUAACCAUCAAUAGUAGAGCAUUGGAAAGCAUUGAACAGACGAAGCCUUACAAAUUAGUUCAUUAAAAAAAAAACAUUUUUGCACACUAAUAAUCAAAUUCUACCCCCAGAGUAGGAUAUUUUUGCAAUCUACGGGGGGCUUGCUUGUUGCUAUUGGUCAAUGGUGCAAUGUUUUUUCUGACUCAGUGGUGUUUGAUGAUGUCAUGUUGCUCACGAAUAGAAGGCUGGUUUUUUUUUAGAGUCAUAGGGCUGAGUAGGUGAGUGGAGUGCAAACUACAACUUUCGAAAAUAUUCAGGAAAUACAUUUCUAAUCAUACGGUGUGGAAACAUUUUCCCCUAUUGGAUUUAUUGCUUGAGGAAUUUAUUUCUGUACAAUGGGGGAUUGACAUCAAGACCUCUACAUCGUCUUUGUAGAAAGGCAACACUUUUUCCAGCCAUGGAACACUACAGAAAAUAAGGGACAGUUCUUGUGAAAGUCCCGUUGAUGUCAAAUCUAGGAAACGAAUGGUUUGGCAUAACUAGGAUUAACUGGUUGCUGGACAGUUCCACAAGGCGAUGCCACCCCAGGGCGAUGGAGAUUAUAAACCUGUAGCGGUGUCGGCGGCGGUCCCACCGGUUCCUCCUCGGAGGGUUCGGAGCAGAGUGUCGUUUUCGGGCUCCAAGUGUCGGCCCGGUGGCGGAGAGCGCAAAGUGAAGUGUGUGCUUGUCGGUGACGGCGCAGUUGGGAAGACGAGCUUGAUUGUCAGCUACACCACAAAUGGAUAUCCAACUAAAUAUGUCCCAACUGCCUUUGAUCAUUUUUCAGCGGUGGUGGCAGUUGAUGGCAAGCCAGUGAAACUGCAGCUUUGUGACACAGCUGGGCAGGAUGAGUUUGACAAGCUGCGUCCGCUCUGCUACACCAAUGCAGAUGUCUUCCUGCUGUGCUUCAGUGUCGUCAGCCCCUCCUCCUUCCAGAACGUAACAGAGAAAUGGGUGCCGGAGAUUCGCCGGCACUGCCCGCAGGCGCCGGUGGUUCUGGUGGGCACCCAGUCAGACCUGCGGGAGGAUGUUAAUGUUCUGAUUGAGCUGGCCAAGUACAAAGAGAGGCCAGUGGAGCCCCAGGAGGCCCAGCAGUGUGCCGAGGACAUGAGGGCCUUGUCAUACAUGGAGUGCUCCUCACUCACCCAGAAGAACCUCAAAGAGGUGUUUGACGCAGCCAUCGUGGCCAGCAUCCAGCACUCUGAUAGUCAGCAGCAGCAUCGACUGAAAAAACGGACUCCAGACAAGAUGAAGAAGCUUUCUAAAUCAUGGUGGAAGAAGUACUGUUGCGUGGUUUAGCCUCUAUCUGUGUGUGUGACAGGACGGACGCAUAGGUUCCGAUUUUGCUUCCAUGUCAGCACGUUAACAGAGGGCAGUAAGGCAAACAGGGGCAGUAAGGGGCAGUAAGGCAAACAGUGACUGGAAUAUGGACGCAGGUCUGGUCUGGAGUAUCUGAGUUAUGUGUAUGUUAGGCCUCAAUGACCCCAUGCUAUUUUUGCUUUACCAACGUGAGCUGCACUGGAGACAGAGCUGACUUCCCUCAAAGAAUACUCAUUGACUUUCCACUGCCUUAUAUCCAUGAUCCUAGGGGGUACACAGCUUCUACAUGGACGACUGUGGAAGAUGAAGCCCUCUUGAUAACCAGGAGGGCUUAUGUUGUUAUAUCAUUGUUUUAUUAACCUGGUUUGCUCUGACCUUUCCCAUGGUAAGUGUACAGUAUGUAAACUCAGAUUCAUUUAGCAUAUGAGAUUGAGUCAACUUUCCGAUGUGGGAUUUACCAUCUCUUUGAUUUAGCAGUGUCUAUGGUAAAAAUAAAAACAAUCUGUGCAGUAAUCAGAUAAUGCGAGGAGAGUACUGUGUAACGUUCAGUAUUUGAAUGCUUGUUCUUCCAGCCCAUAUUGGAGAGCCUCAUUUGGCUUGUUGUCUAAUGUACAAACCACUCAGAAACAGAAUUUUUGUUUUCAAAAAUAGUUUUUCAGAAUUUCGAACUGUUGUUUACAUUAGGACAUGGGUUCUGUCUAAGCUCAUAUGAGGGUCACAGUCUCUAGCUAUGUGCUGGAAUUCUAACUAGACUUGUUGACCUUUGGUUCACUUCACCAUAGCACCACCUGAGGAGUUUUAAACAAACACCUUACUCUGUACAGGGCUGACUGCAGCUGAGUCAACGUUAACUCUUAACUACCUUACUCUGUACAGGGCUGACUGCAGCUGAGUCAACGUUAACUCUUAACUACCUUACUCUGUACAGGGCUGACUGCAGCUGAGUCAACGUUAACUCUUUACAGCUAGCAGAGUAAGGUAGUUAUUCAUGACUGAGCAAAUAAUUCAAUAUGUUUCUGAAACUAAUUCACUGGAAGAGUAUGUUAAUUGUCCCAAGCAAGCUUAACAAUACCAUAAUAUUUUAUUAUGUUGAAAAAAAGUUGUCAAUACCUAUUUUCCUAUCACUGUGGCAUGUGAUGUCUAUCUCUGUCAAUACAGUGUUCUGAUUUAACCUAUAGAGAUGAGGUUAUUAGAAUGUCAAAAUGAUAACCAUAGAAUUAGGAAUUAGAAUACUAAAAUGGACAUGGACCAUCUUAAGGAUGUUCAAAGGUCAGCCAUUUUGGUCAGGGAGUUGGUCAACUAUGGUUUGACAGUGCUGUGAUAAGAUAUGGUGUGAAACAAUGAAUGUGUAGAAUUUAUCUGCACUGUGUGUUUGUUAGCUAGCUAGCCAGCCAGUUUUAGAGGAAUUUUUCCAUUAAUUGUUCAAAUUAAAUGCCAAUAUGCCAACAUUCCAUUCAAAGAAUGCAGUCAAACCACAGCCGUACACUGGCCGAAAUCAAUUGAUGAUAGGAUUGAGACAAGUUGUAAAUGCAACAACUACUGAUACUGUAUCAUAAAAGCACUCACAACUUUCCAAGAAAAUAAAAUCUGAGACAUU